CUGAAAAAUGUGUGGGAGGUGUGAAGGUGCAACAACCAUCUACUAUGCAAAUACUAUAGUUUAUCGAGGUAUUAACAACGACGGGUGAGAAAGUUACAGACGGAAAGCAUUAUUGAAAAGGAAAGCAAACCACCAAGGCACUAUGCUAAUGGCUUUAUGGCCUUCAUCGAAUGGCAGUUGAUAGCUCACACCGAGAUACCAACAGUAAUACCUCCCCCUCCCUUGCAAUAUUUAUUUGCCCUGCGUACCUUGUAUGCUUCCAACUGCAGGACACACAAGUACAGAGGGGUCCUCCCCGGAGAAGCUCAUGAUACCUCCUCUUGCUUCGAUAAAAGGCUCAUGAUAUCUAGCUUCUCCGAGGAUCGCACAGGCACAGCUGUAGAGGGCUUCUCCGAGGACCGCAAGGAUAAGAUCUACAAGAUGGCCAUGGCUGGUCCAGCUUGCAGAUUUCUCUCGUGUUUUUUGUAUUUUGUAGCAUGUGUUCUCGUUAUGGAGUCUGCUUUGUCUGCGCAUUCAUGGCGCACUCCACAUCCCAACCCGAGGGGAGAAGCAGAGUUUAAGCAGAAGACAGAUAAGUUCUGGGAGUACCAGGAGCAGAGCAAUACCUGGGUGGAAAUAAGCAUGCCUUUCAAUCUGAUGUCCUGCAUCAACGGUACCUGCACAAAGGUAGGCUCAAUCAAGCAACCAGAAAGCAAACAUGGCCGUGCUUCCGUCCCUAGUCAAGAGAAGGAUACUGAUCCGGUCCUGCCCAUAAGGAAAAGAAUCUCCUUGGCAAGGAUGUCAGAGUCGUCCGUGUGGGUGAUAGGGCAAAGUGGAUCAAUCUAUGAGAGGUUCUGGAACGGGGUCAUGUGGGUGAUUGCUCCUCAUGAACUUCCAACAGCAGCUGGGUAUGCAACAGCAACUUUCAUUGUCAACACAACCAUCCUUGCUCUGUCCGAGGCUGGAAUCCUCUACCAGCUACAGCUAAAUGAACAUGCCCAGCCUAUCUGGACUGAGAUAACAUUCAGCUAUGAACAACAUUUCACAAACCUUGGAGAGAAGACACAAAGUCAAGCUACACACAUAAAAAAUGGGAUCGUAUCACAUAAUGGAAGGAAACUUUUCCUUUCUGCCACGAAUGGGUCCCUAAUUGAGGUCACAGAACUUCAGCCUCUAAGGUGGAAUUGCCAUGGGCGUCCUCCGGGAGCAGAUGUGUCAUAUAUAUCGGAUGCUGAAGAUGCAAGACCAGGGACCGUGUUCACAGUAAGUUCUACUGGAGACCUAUAUGAAUUUGAUAAGGAAACGAAGCCAUCAUGGAAAAAACAUAUAUGGAGUGAACAAACAACCCAAAAUGUCUCGCUGAGCUCAUCUGUCGGGUGUGUUUUGCAUGGUCUCUUAGGAUCUAAUUCAGUAUCACUCUUUCUGAUAACCAAGGACGGUCUUUUAGUGGAGCGGCGCUUGCAUAGAAGAAAGUGGAAGUGGGAUAAACAUGGAGCACCUAAGGGUCAAAGACUAAGUUCAAUUACAGAAGUUCAACAGGAUGAAUCUAAUGAUGCAACUUCAAUGUUUUUUACGACAACCACAGGAGAAGUAUUUGAGUAUCAAUUUCCAAAAUAUACAGGUGGGACUUCAAGCAACAAGAUUAGAGGACUAUGGGUAAAUCACAUGUCUCCUGACCAUGCAAAAGUAGCAAGAAGCGUUCGAGGCCUACAGAUUCAAGUUGGCAGAUUGAUAUUCCAGCUAGAUGAUGGUAGGCUUGGAGAGCUACAUUUACCUGGUAUGGGAGGUGAUCAUUUUGGUCCAAGUCAACAAAAUAGCAUAAGAAAGAAAAUGUCAAACAAGUAUGAGUGGUCUAUCUUAGAUACACCAGAAACAGAAGGUUGGAAUGCAGAAUAUUGCACUGAAGAGCAUGGCCCGACAAACUGUAUAACUGGAGCGAUGAAUGUAGCUGCAGACAUGGAACCAACCAACUUGAUCAAUGCCCCGCCUAGAAGGCGCAAAGCAGAAGAGAAGCAACAAUACCUACAUGUUCAUAGUCAUGAGAGUGAUGAAACUGAAUCAUACAACAUUCUAUCACGAAGCAUUUAUCUUAACUUCCAUAUGCGGGUGAUGCAUGCAGAUAGAUCACUUUUCCUCAUAACAGAUAAUGGAUUAACUUUGGAAUAUCUAAACAGCAAUAGUGUUUGGCUAUGGCUAAGACAUGAACACAUUACAGGCAUGAAGGGUGCACUAGGAAGCUAUAAUGGCAGCUUGUAUCUUGUCGAUCUUCAUGGAAACUUACAUAUUAGAGAAAGAAAUGGAGACGAACUCUUAUGGAUUAAUUGCACGGCAAUGAGGAAGGGAAGACAGGUUGCAAGUGGGCCUCCAUGGGAUGGCAUCCCUGGGUUAUCACGCAGAGUGACAACAGAUGAUGCACUUUUCUUUGUUAACAAGAGAGGCAGAUUGCUACAAUUCACGGUUGCAUUGCGUAAAUUCAAGUGGAAGGACUGCCACAGCCCUCCGGAUACCAAGGUUGCAUUCAUCGUGGAUCAGGAGGUUUUUAGAAGAAAUAUCAUCUUCGUGGUUGGCCGGAACGGUCGGAUGUACCAGUACAACAGAAUUACAGAGCUAUGGCACAGGCACUACCAAUCACCUCACCUCGUCCUGUCAAGAUCCCCUGGGACAGCGAUGAGGCCGUCCCCUCUCUCCCUCACAGGCUCCAUCUUCAUGAUUUCCGAGCACGGAGGCCUCGUGGAGUACCACUUCAGCCCGCAGGACGGGUGGGAGUGGAUAGAGCACGGGACGCCCCACCGGGACGUCACCCUCGUGGUCGCCCCAGGGCCGUGCUUCGACGGCACCCAGCUGUUCGUCAUCGGGUCCGACGGACACGUCUACCUGCGGCACCUGGACGAAUGGACGUGGAGGUGGACGAGCCACGGGCACCCGGCGGAACCGUCCAGCACGACGACGAACGUUGCGGACGGCAGCGAGCAGAGCUGCGCCACGCUGGGCGCCGCGGACGCGCACUACGCGAGCAGCUUCAGGGGGAGCUGCGACGAAAAGGUGGCGGCUGUGCGGCCGGUGCCCUUCUCCGAGGAUGCGGUGGUCUUCCAACUGCGCGACGGCCGGUUGGCGGAGCUGCGGCGAGCGGCGGAGGGUCGCGGCGGGUGGGAGUGGGCGCGGAUCAUCGGCACGCCCGCCAGCGCCUGCAUGACAAGCUACUGGACGGCCGUCGCCACGUAGCCAGCGGCGCCGGUGGGAAGGAAGCGGAAGCGCGGACCUGCAACUCUAUUUGAACGGCAUACGCGCAAGAUACGAGUUGAAUGCUGAAUUUAGUGGUGGCUAACGCAGGAGAAGGUUUUUUUUUUUGACAAGCUAGCCUUGUUAAAAAAAAGACGUCAGUACACAGCGGCGCCGUACCUGUGUUUUCUGAUGCGGCGGCCGCUACCUCCUCUGUAAAUUUCGUUUUAAACCAUACUUUUAUUAUAUAAAAAAAUCAAUGCUCCUAAUCUUGCAUGGAGAGCAUGAGCUUGCACUA